ACGAACGCGGCGUCUGCCUUAUGGACGUUCCACGUAUUCAUGCAUUCUGGCGCAUGGCCAUGGGAGUCAUCGAUCGCUUGAAGAAGCCGGCGUCGAAAAUGACUAGAGAGCAAGUUCAGGAUAUCGUUAGUUUCCUCUACAGGCUUGUGAGGAGGCUUAUGAUCUUACUCUGGAAGAGGGAGGACGACGAAUUCGGGGAGAGGAAGGACUCGGCGGCGGAUCCGGUUGCCGGCGGCACGGGAGGCGCGGUGGCCGGCGCCUUUCCCUGGAGUUUGAUUGUGGCCGUAGCGACGACUGUACUCGGCAUCGCCUGUGCCUGUGCGGCUGCUUACUACCACUACAGGCGGCGUCGCCCAGUGUCUCGUCCUCGUCAGGCGCAGCCGCCGCAGUACGUGGUGUCGACCCGUGCCCCCCCGACGCAGGCGCCACCACCUGGGCUCCUCCAGCUCCUCGACGACAUCCCGGAGGCUGCUGCUGUGAUCGCAGCUGAGCCACCGGAUACAGGCAGCAGACGCCGCCCUGGACGCGCACGCACCCCCGCCCGCCGCCGGCGAUAACCUCCCGCCUCCAGCUCUCGUACAGCCCCCGGUUGCCGGUUUCCUUGCUGGCGCAGCUCCUCCGCCUCAGCAACAGCAACCAUGAUCGGUAUCUCGCUCAAAGUUCACAGGCCCUUGGGACACUCGUCCGG